UUUACAGUGAAAGAGUCACAAAUAGCAGCUGAGCACCAACACGGGGAUCAGCUGUGUAAUGUGGCUCACGCAGGCCAAACCUGCGGAAUCCCACUGGGAUUAAUUCGCGCGCAGUUCAGCAACUAAAGCCAAGAAGAAGGAAAAAAAAACAAAAGCAAGAACCCCGCUGUACCGAAAAAGCAAAUAACCCCAUUUCAUUGGGCAUCAGCAGCAAAAAGGAAUAAAAGAAUAAUCCAUCAGGCCCCUUUCCAUUGAUCCUUGAGUGGGCUUCAUCAAGCAGCAGACAGGAUGACGACAGGUCGCAGCAGCAGCGAACAAGUCCCUGCUCCUUUGUCUUUGUUACUUGCCCCUGGAAAACGCAGGCUGUUGCUAGGCACGGCGGCGGCCAUUUGCUGCCUCAUACAGAUCUUCGUUCCUGGGGCCCAGACCUCGCCUGACACCACCUUCACCAACUCAUUUUAUGUGAGGCUUAGGAGAAGUAUGGCGCCGGAUGCAGUGGAGGCUUUGGCUGGCAAGCAUGGCUUUCAGAACUGGGGCAAGGUUUUGCAAUCUGACCAUGAAUAUCACUGGGUUCAUCAAGGACUUCAACAUUCCAGGAGGAAGAGAAGCAUUCCGUUGACGAGAAAGCUGAAAACAGACUCGAAU